AUGCAACAACACAAAACGAAUGCCUAUGAAGUAUUACUUUGGAAAAGCACCUUUCCGAUACAGGCAUUUGCGAAUUUUCGAAAAAACAGUUUACAAUGGAGUGAUUAUGAAAAGGCUUUGGGAUGGUGUAAAUAUUAUGACAAUGAAAAAAGAAAUUCCACGAUGGAUUCGUCUCUAUUGGAUGAUGAAUACAAAAUCUUAAUGGAAAAUUUAUUGAAAAAUUAUCAAGAACUCUCUGAUCAACACGAACACCAUGAAGACCACGAAAUGAUCAAUACCAACAAUAGUAGUUUUAGUGUAUCCAUGACAGAGUUGUUUCUCACAAGUUGUUUAUUUCAUUCGACUUUUUCCACACCAUUUGUAAAAAGCACCACAUGUGUUGCAAGUCGAAUGUCUCAAAAUUUAGAAUUUUAUGCAAGAGUGUUGAAUGAUUGGUUUCAUUACAAAAUGAAUCAAUCGAAAGAGCAAGAGGAGCUUACUGCAAAAACAGCAUUUGAUUUUUUAUUGAAUGAUGAGAAUGAGGAUGGUGACAAUGAUGAAAUGAUGAUGGAUUCGAACUUUGAGGAUGUUGAUUCGUUUAAGCAAGAUGCAGCCAAUGAUGAAACAAAAAAAGAUGACACCCUGUCUGAACAUCCCAUUGUUCACAUGAUUGAUAAUCUUUCGAGACUCAUUGAAAAAGGUGCGCUAUUGUCACAACUCACGAGUUUGGCAUUUUCACAAGAAGAAAAAGACUCAUUAGAAGAUUACUCUCUCCAAAAUUUGUUGAAUUACUUUUCGAGCCCAAUCGAAUUUUGUACCAAAACGAAACGUGUCUCGUACCCGUAUGCCUAUUUCAUUUCCCAUCAAUUAUCUAUGGUGGCCAAUCAAAUUCCAGAUGUUUCGAAUUGUACCUCUUAUAUUAUGGAAUACUGUCAACGAUUAGUGGUGAAAAUGAGUAGAGAGGUCAUAGGAAUAGAGACCUUUAUCAUUUCUUUGUGCAUUCUCAAAAGUAGGAAUGAAUCUCAGUUCCAUUUCUUUUCAAAAAUUAUGUAUGAUAUUUGGAGCAGCAAAAUUAUGAGUCAAUUCAAUAGAAAGUCAAAGUAUCUGGCGAAUUUAUCAAUCGCCCAUCAUCAUGAUAUUUCAAUACUAGAUAUUGGAUUGUGCCCUUAUGUGAUCCUGCAACUGGCAGAUUUUUCUAAUGAGUGGAGAAAUCAUGUCGUGACAGAGAUUACCAAAGCAUUAGUCGCAACGGAUGUUUUGUCGGACAACACAAGCAAUUCAUGUAAUAAUAACGGUAUUAGAUCUUAUUCGGAUCCAUAUCUGGACUUUUUGAUUUGUAUCAUGUCUGAUUGUGGAUCGCUUGAGCUUUUAAAUUUUAUGACACAAUGGAAACAACUUUUCCAAAAUGCGAGAAGAGAAAAUAAUGAAUAUAAUCAAUAG